CCUACUCAGCAUUGCAUCUUUGUUCUACAGCUCUUUUCCCUCUCUCUCUCUCUCUCUCACAUAUUUGUGGUAGUUUAUCUUACUCUAAUGGCCAUGGCGGUGCUCCGAUCACACGAUUGCCUCAAAAACCGCCUCCACCUCGAUGCCUACGGAUUCCGUCGUCCGCCGCCGGCGAAGCCGCACCGGAAGAAAUCCCCACCGCCGCCCCACUCCUCGCGUCCCGCCCAUCCUCCUCCUCCUCCUCCACCUAGAAAGGCCGGCCGGCAGGGCCCCCCCCCGCCUGCUCGCUUGCCGCCCUUGCAGGCGUUUAAACCCAGCUGCUCCGCCAACCAACCGCGUGACGGCUUAAGAUCGCCGUCUCCGCCGAAGGAUGGUGCCCAGUCCGACGGGGAGACCUGCCAGCGGAGGGCCCUCGUGAUGGAAGAGGUGCGGAUCAUGAAACGUGGCGAGGAACUGAAGCCACGAGCGUCCGUGGCCGCAGAUCUGAGUCUGGAGGGUGAUGAUUCGGCCCUUGGAACCGCGAAUCUGAGGCCGGAGCCGGAGAUCCUCCCGAGAAAGGUUGGGCUCGCCGUUCUGGAGUCAGCGUACGCGGGGCCGGCGUUCUUAGCAUCCCCCUCCCCCAGUUCCCUUCCUAUUCCUACUUUUUUCUUGAAGAAGGCUGUGGUCAAGGGUGACGAGGCCGUGAAGGCCCUUCCAUCACGCGGCCUGGCAUGGUAAUUCGCCGUGACGGCAAGUGGGCGUAGGGAUGGAAAAUUGCAGUUUUGGUGGCCAAAAAAGUGCGUUUGACCGGAAAAAAGUGAUUUUGGUCGGAAAAUUUUCAGCUUUGGCAAAGAACAAGAAGGGAUUCUGCGGUUGGGGUGCUUUAGAGGGCUCAAAUUUAGAUUGCUGUCUCUUCUAUUGGCUUCUCCGACUCAAGCAUCUUCCUCAAUUUUUUCAAAAGGAAGAUGUGGACUUGGAGUUUCCAUGGUAAUUAUACUACAGUUAAUUACAUUUCUCUCCUCUCUUUAUAGUUCAGUAACCUAUGUGUAUACCUUGUUAGGAGUUAGCGUGAUGUAGAUUUGCUGGUAGGAAAGUAGGUUAUGCUUUGAUUAAUCUGGGUAUGGUGUCUGUUUGCUCAAUUAGAAGUUAUGGUAUUAUAGCUCUAUAAUUGUGUCCGGAUUGUGUUCACUUUGCUUUGACAUGUAGUGCAGUAAUCUUAUGGGCAAAUCAUAAUAAUUUAUUUUUCUUUA